UGCUCCGGCUCCGAGUGCGCCGGAACUGACUUGCGGCGCUGCAGGUUCCCGCCCGGAAGAGGAGACCAAGGCGCCUACGGAUUGACAGCAUGGCGCGGUCAGGGAAUAAGGCAGCUGUUGUGCUGUGUAUGGAUGUGGGCUUUGCCAUGAGUAACUCCUUUCCUGGUGAAGAAUCCCCAUUUGAAUUAGCAAAGAAGGUGAUGACCAUGUUUGUGCAGCGACAGGUGUUUGCGGAGAACAAGGAUGAAAUUGCAUUAGUCCUUUUUGGUACAGAUGGCACUGAAAAUGCCCUUGCUCAUGAGGAUCAGUAUCAGAACAUCACCGUGCACAGACACCUGAUGCUACCAGACUUUGACUUGCUGGAGGACAUUGAAAGCAGAAUCCAACCAGGCUCUCAACAAGCUGACCUUCUGGACGCACUCAUCGUGUGCAUGGAUGUGAUUCAGCGAGAAGCUAUAGGCAAGAAGUUUGAGAAGAGACAUAUUGAAGUGUUUACUGACCUCAGCAGCCCAUUCAGCAAAGAUCAGCUGGAUACUAUAAUUCACAACUUGAGGAAAUCCAGCAUCUCCCUGCAAUUCUUUUUGCCUUUCCCAAUUGGCAAGGAAGAUGGAACUGGGGACAGAGAUGACGGCAGCUUGCGCUCGGACCACCAUGGACCCUCCUUUCCUUCAAAAGACAUUACUGAGCAGCAAAAAGAAGGUAUUCGGAUGGUGAAAAGGGUGAUGACGUCUUUAGAAGGUGAAGAUGGGCUGGAUGAAAUUUAUUCUUUCAGUGAGAGUCUGAGACAACUGUGUGUCUUUAAGAAAAUUGAGAAAUCUUCCAUGGCCUGGCCCUGUCAGCUGACCAUUGGUUCCAAUUUGUCUAUAAGGAUUGUGGCUUAUAAAUCGAUUCAACAGGGGCAAGCUAAAAAGUCUUGGACAGUUGUGGAUGCAAGAACCUUAAAAAAGGAAGAUAUACAAAAAGAAACCGUGUAUUGCUUGAAUGACGAUGACGAAACUGAAGUUCCAAAAGAAGACACUAUUCAAGGGUUCCGCUAUGGGAGUGAUAUCAUUCCUUUCUCUAAAGUGGAUGAGGAACAAAUGAAAUAUAAACUGGAGGGGAAGUGCUUCUCUGUUUUGGGAUUUUGUAGAUCUUCUCAGGUCCACAGGAAAUAUUUUAUGGGAAAUCAAGUUCUAAAGGUCUUUGCAGCAAAAGAUGAUGAGGCAGCAGCUGUUGCCCUGUCCUCCCUGACGCAUGCUUUGGAUGAAUUAGGCAUGGUGGCCAUAGUUCGAUAUGCUUAUUCCAAAAACUCGAAUCCUCAGGUUGGCGUGGCUUUUCCUUAUAUCAAGGACACCUAUGAGUGUUUAGUGUAUGUGCAGCUGCCUUUCAUGGAAGACUUGCGGCAAUACAUGUUUUCAUCCUUGAAAAAUAAUAAGAAAUGCACUCCCACAGAGGCACAGUUGAGUGCUGUUGAUGCUUUGAUUGAUUCCAUGAGCUUGAUAAAGAAAGAUGAAGAGGAGGGCUUGGUUGAAGACUUAUUUCCAACCACCAAAAUCCCAGACCCUCAAUUUCAACGAUUAUUUCAGUGUCUGCUGCACAGAGCUUUACACCCCCAGGAGCCUCUGCCCCCAAUUCAGCAGCAUGUUUUGAAUAUGCUGAAUCCCCCCACAGAGGUGACAGCUAAAUGUCAGAUUCCUCUCUCUAAAAUAAAGACUCUUUUCCCUCUGACUGAAGUCAUCAAGAAAAAGGAUCAAAUGACUGCUCAGGACAUUUUCCAAGACAUCCAUGAAGAGGGACCCACCUCUAAGAAACUGAAGACUGAGGAAGGGCGAGCCCACUUCAGCCUUUCCAGCCUGGCCGAAGGCAGUGUCACCAAGGUUGGAAGCGUGAAUCCUGCUGAAAACUUCCGCGCUCUCUUGAGGCAGAAGACCGCCAGCUUUGAAGAAGUUAAACCAGCUUUGCAUGCAGAGUUUUCAGAAGAGCAGCGCUUUAACGAUUUCCUGAAAGCCCUUCGAGAGAAAGUGGAAAGUAAACAAUUAAAUCAUUUCUGGGAAAUUGUCAUUCAAGAUGGACUUACUCUGAUCACUAAAGAUGAAGCCUCUGGAAGCUCUGUCACAGCGGAGGAAGCCAAAAAGUUUCUGGCCCCCAAAGAAAAUCCAAGCGAAGACACAGCAGCCGCAUUUGAGGAAGGCGGUGACGUGGAUGACUUACUGGACUUGAUAUAGGUCCUGGAUGUGUGGGGGAUCUGCGAGCCCUACCAUCACUGUCGUGCUGGGAGUUCGACACGGAACAACCUGGAGGAUGCCAUUCAAGGCGACCGGAAGCUCUGGAGAUGGUCCCUGCAGGCUACCUGGAAGCAAAUCACCUGACUCUCUGUGUAAUAAACAUACAUACGAGUAUAUGAGGGCUGUUUAGACCCCAUACAAGUUUAUAAAGAGGUACUGUUGUUUUCUGAUCUGUUA